GCCAUGCCGGGCCGCAAGUCCUCCAAGGAGAAGAAGCGGCGCCGCUCUCGCUCCGCCUGCCCCGAGGGCGCCUCGGGGCCGCCCGGCAGCGAGAGGAAGCGGCGGAGCACGGAGUCCAGCCGCGACGUCCCGGAGGAAGCAAAAUGUAAUGUGCCAUCUGGAGAGAAAGAGGAAGAAGCUGAACAACCCAGUGAUAUAGAGGAGGGUGGAUUAGAUCUCAGUGUGACACUCAAACCAGUCAGUUUCUACAUCGCAGACAAAAAAGAAAUGCUUCAGCAGUGUUUCUGUGUCAUAGGAGAGAAGAAACUACAGAAGAUGUUGCCUGAUAUCCUGAAGAACUGUUCCAUGGAGGAAAUCAAAAAACUUUGCUUGGAGCAGUUGGAGCUGUUAUCUGAAAAAAAACUGUUGAAAAUUCUUGAAGGCAAGAACGGAGCUGAGUCUGAUACUGAUGAGGAUGCAGAUGGAGGAGACAAGACUGGAGGUGAAUCAGUCAGUCAACAGGAUAACAGUAUAGACUCCACUUCAUCUCUGAGAGAAGACCACAAAUUGGAAGGUCAGGAAUCAAAACAAGGCAAAGGAGAAGAUAGUGAUGUCCUCAGCAUAAAUGCCGAUGCAUAUGAUAGCGACAUUGAAGGCCCAUGCAAUGAAGAAGAGUGUCCGGAAGUGCAGGAAGGCACUGUCAGAAGUGGAGCUGGCCAGAUAGAUGACCUUCAGAAGGACAUUGAGAGGAGCGUGAAUGAGAUACUGGGGUUGGCAGAAUCCACUCCGAAGGAGCCCAAAGCAGCAACCUUGCCUGUUCCUCCAUCAGAAGAUGUCCAGCCAUCAGCACAACAACUGGAGCUCCUGGAACUUGAGAUGAGAGCCAGAGCUAUUAAGGCUUUAAUGAAAGCUGGUGAUGUGAAAAAACAGCCCUAAGGUUGUUGGUUUUUAAUUUUUAGUAUUUGUUCUCAAUGGUAUGAUGUCAAUUCUCUUCAAUGCUUUUAAAGUGUAUUUGGACUGGGUAUGACAUUUCUCAUUCAAACGUGUAUUGUGUAUCCUGACCUAUGACUUAAACCUGUUGUUGUUGAUUCUCAUGUGCUGUAUCCAUGACUUGCACAAAAGAAUGUGUUUGAUGCUGCACUUAGAUCAGUAUCUCUUUGUGAUGGGUUAUUUCAUGACAUGAAUCACAGAGACACAGAUUGUGUAGAGCUGUACCAGGAUCUGGUGCCUUUAAGAAAGGUUAAAAGAACAAAGUUCUUUAUAACCCCUGGUUAGAAGUUAACCAGCUGAUUUAUUUAUGAGCAACUUGUUAACUCUUUGGGAAUAAUGAUUUAUAUAUACUUCAUUAAAUAUGCCAUUUUAAAGAGG